ACGGCCGAAUUCGGUUCGAUCCGCGUAUUCUUCGCUUGCGAGUGCUUUCUACCGAUUGCGAAAUGGGAAACAAGGUGGCCACGUUCACGGAGGAACAGCUGGAGGAUUACCAAGAUUGUACGUUUUUCACGCGCAAAGAAAUUUUAAGAAUAUUUAAACGAUUCCGCGAGAUGGGCGACCCCGGAGUAGUACCACGGACCAUGACGUCUCAACAGGCAUCCAGCUUUCGUAUACCGCUCUCGUGUUUGACGCGUAUACCGGAGUUAAAGGAAAAUCCGUUCAGCGAGCGGAUAUCGGAGGUGUUCACGGGACGUCAGAAUACGGGACAAUCGCCGGCUGCCGACGCCGGAGGAAUCUGCUUCGAGGAGUUCCUCGAGAUGAUGUCGGUUUUUUCGGAGCAGGCGCCGCGGGACUUGAAGGUCUUUUACGCCUUUAAGAUUUACGAUUUCGACGAGGAUGGGGUAUUAGGCCUGAGCGAUUUGGAACACACGUGCCGACAGUUGGUCCAAGGCGGUUUGAACGCCGACGAAGUGGCCACCGUGUGCAAGAAAGUCCUCGAGGAAAGUGACAUCGACGGAGACGGCGUUCUGUCGUACUUGGAGUUCGAACACGUCGUUACGAGAGCGUCGGACUUCAUGGCGACUUUUCAUAUAAGAAUUUAA